GUGCAUCUGACGUUAGUACAAAUGUGAUAUUUAUAGGUUACGUUACACGUUACAUUAAACGGUUAAACACGAAGUUUUGACACGAUAAUGGCAUGAGCAGCGCGUGGCUUGAAAUGAAUUUAGAAGAAUGAGUAUUCGCUGGUGUAAUUAUACCGAGCUAUUGACGACGCUGAUUAUGAUAGUGAUCGUCAAAUGCGAUUGUAAUCAGGUGCCAAAUAUCGAUUGCAACAACCUCAGACUCGGCCAGUACAUAUGCCCGCAUCCAGACUACGAAUUUAUCGACCUGAAAACUCAACAGCCGAAGGGAUGCACGAAAGAAAACAAAGCCAAAGUAACCUGUCUUGCCGCCACGGAUCUGGUCUGCGAAGAGUCCGGGAACAACACGUUCAAAAAAGAUAUACCGUGCAAAUGGACAAACGGGUACUCCUUCGAAACGUCAUUGCUGCUUUCGAUAUUCCUUGGUAUGUUCGGAGCGGACAGGUUUUACCUCGGUUACCCAGCGCUAGGUCUGCUGAAACUGAGUACUUUGGGAUUUCUGUUUGUUGGUCAAUUUUUCGACGUUAUAUUGAUAGCGACUCAAGUAGUGGGUCCGGCUGACGGUUCGCAUUACGUAAUGCCAUAUUACGGCGCUGGGAUUACAGUGAUCAGAAGUGACAAUUUUACGUAUAAAUUACCGCAGGAUGAUUGGUGAGAUAUAGGGGGUUGGGUCUGGGGUCUAUUUGUUACUUAACUGCACGCUGAUAAUAAUAAAUUGAGUAUGUACGACACGAAAUGAUGGUAGGCUUUCGCGUGAAACACAAUAUGGCAUAUGCGCAGUGAAUAUUGUAUCAACGAUUCUUGAGGGAAAUGGGUCACAGAUUAUGCAAAACUUUUGAUGAGGCUACUCUGUAUUGUCACCAAAAAAGAGAGAAAAAAAAUAAAACAAACAAUCAAAGACCCUAUUGUGUACUUGUGAACUACGAAAGUAUCGUAGGACGACGACGGUGAUAAAUUGCAGGGAUUAAUUACGUAGAAGAUAAUUUUCUAGCUUUCAUUUGCGCAGAGUUUUUUUCCCAGUCUUUAUGAAAUCAAUGAAUAUGAUUAUGGACUGUGGAGUGUGUACUUUACUGUAUUAAAUCCCCGUAAUAUUACCGACAUGAUUUUUGUACAUGUCAAAUUGUUUCAAAUACUCUGAUCUCAGCCCUCUAUUAUUUCAAGUGAUGAUAAUCCAUACGAUGAAUGAAGCAAUUUCAUUUAUCUAUUGAGCUCUGGGGCUAGACUGAAAAGAUUGUAAAACCUACACUUUUUGUUGCAUCAGUUUGGAUUGAAUGAAUGUAAGAAAUUUCUGUUUACGUAAAACUAGAGGUGAAUUGAGUUUUUAAUUUUAUCGCUUACAUUUUCAUUCUUCUCCUAUUAUUUGUCUGAAAUUACAGUUAAAUUCUUGAACUUGAACAAAUGCGAGAUGACAUGUUCAAUCCCAACUGAGCAUCGGCUUCGGUACUGUACUGUACGCAAUAGAUUGUGAGCGAAGAAUUCAGUUAAUCAUAUUAUAUUGUAAAGGAUGGGAAUGGUAUCGAAAUUAUGUAAAUUGGAUAUAUACGAGGAUAAUUAGGAUAUAGAUGUUUGUACUUGAGGUGUAAAUAUAUAAGUUGUAAAUACUUAAUC